UUCCCAUCCAUGGCAAUUCUGUGUCAAUAUAACAAUGUAAACACACUUUUUGGAUGGUCAAAAAUCGUUAGCUCUUUCAUAUCAUAUAGUUUCCUGCCGGCAACAACAUGGGUUUGGUCAUGACAGUGAUGGGAAAAGGGUUGCCGACGACGCAGAUGAUGGGUUUUGUGAUAGGAACACUACACAAACAGUUUAUUGAGAAAGAUAUCAACACUUUUGAAGAUUUUCACCUCGCAAUUCUUGAUAUUUUUAACACUGUCAAUGGAGCAUUGCCUGGUAAACAUUAUGAUGCUCCUCCUCUCAAGGAAAUCCAGGCAUGUUUUUUAGAAUGGAAAUCUGCGGAUGAAUCAGAUAAGAAGAGAGUGUUUGUAGAAUUCAUGAAAAAAAGGGUGAACCCUAGCAAGUUGGAUGAUUCAACUCUCCUCACCGGACUGAUUACGCCCCCGGCAGCUAUGGCGGCCAAGAGAGCCGGAGAAAGCGUGCCACAGCUAAAGCUGAUAAAAGCCAUCCCCGACGUCUUGUUUGUGCCAUCGGCCACAGUUCUCGCCCUCAUGUCUGUUAAGGUGUCGAGAAAAAUGUUCCUCGGACAGGUUGCAUCUGGAGAAUGAAAAUGACCAUUCACAUCGAGAGAUAGAAUUUACAACUCCUUUACACACAGAUCAAACUAUGAUGAAUUUGUAAACGAUAUAUAGUCUCGAUUAUAUUACUCACAUCUCUAAUGAUAUAUACCAAUCAGAUCCU